GCCCGACAAUAUUUCAGUUUUAUUUGAGCCGUUGAUUGUUACAGACAGAACAUUUUGAACGUAUUCGUUUAACCGCAUAUAUUAUACACAUCCCAUAAAUACAACAAAAAAAAAGUUUAAUAAAAAAAGAAAAUUUACCAAUCAUAAAGUGUUCGAAAUAAAAUACCAAAACAAAAAAAGGAAAACGACAGACAACAAACUUAAAAUUAUAAUGUAGUCAGUAAAAAAAAUGAUAAAAACAAAUCAUUUAAAAAAAUAGUUCAACGUAUCACUCGUUCUGUAACACGCGAGGUUUUUAAAGUAGAAAAGUGGAGAAAAAUAGUAAAAUCAAAAGAAAGGAAAGGGAGAAAAAAUAUUUUCUAUUUUUAUUCAACCACCUCAAUUAUGUUCACGCAAUUAGUGCCGCUCGUUAGAUUACUGAUAUGUGCCCAAGCUAUAACAUCUGUGUACGGGAUAAUCGAUCGUCUGGUGGUGCAAACCAGUUCAGGUCCCAUCCGCGGUCGUUCGGUCAAAGUUGAGGGUCGUGAAGUGCAUGUGUUUACCGGCGUUCCGUUUGCAAAGCCACCCAUCGAUGCAUUACGUUUUCGUAAGCCACUUCCAGCCGAACCGUGGCAUGGCGUUCUGGAUGCUACACGUUUGCCGCCCACAUGCGUUCAAGAACGGUAUGAGUACUUUCCCGGAUUUCAAGGAGAGGAUAUGUGGAACCCCAACACAAAUACAUCGGAAGAUUGUCUGUAUUUAAAUGUUUGGGCACCAGUGAAACCGAAAUUGCGACAUGGACGCGGUGCUAACGGAGGCAUUGAACAUUCAGCCGAUUCCGAACACAUGAGCGAUGAAGAGAGUCAAUCGAAAACUGGCCUUCCAAUGUUAAUUUGGUUAUAUGGAGGUGGCUUCAUGAGUGGAUCGUCAACAUUAGAUAUUUAUAAUGCGGAAAUAUUGGCUGCGGUUGGAAACGUGAUUGUUGCAUCGAUGCAGUAUCGUGUCGGUGCAUUUGGAUUUUUGUAUCUGUCACCAAUGUUACCGGGAAAUGAGGACGAAGCGCCAGGUAACGUUGGUAUGUGGGAUCAAGCAUUGGCUAUUCGAUGGUUGAAAGACAAUGCACGAGGAUUCGGUGGUGAUCCGGACCAAAUUACAUUAUUUGGCGAAUCAGCUGGUGGUAGUGCAGUAAAUCUACAUUUAUUGUCGCCCGUGACAAGAGGCCUAGCUAGACGCGGCAUUUUACAAUCAGGUACGUUGAAUGCGCCAUGGUCGCAUAUGUCGGGUGAGCGUGCUGUCGAAAUUGGCAUGUCAUUGAUUGACGAUUGUAACUGUAAUUCAUCGAUGUUGAGGGAAUCUCCAGGGAUUGUGUUGGCGUGUAUGCGUAGUGUCGAUGCGAAAACAAUUUCGGUGCAACAGUGGAUCUCAACCGUCGAUGGUGAUUUCAUGCCAGCGGAUCCAAUGACAAUGUUGGCAGAGGCGGACUUGAGUGAAAUUGACAUUCUCGUUGGAAGCAAUAAGGAUGAAGGAACCUACUUCCUGCUGUACGACUUCAUUGACUACUUCGAAAAAGAUUCACCGACAGCGUUACCGCGAGAGAAAUUCCUUGAAAUAAUGAACACAAUAUUCAGUAAAGCAUCGGAGGCCGAACGUGAAACCAUAAUAUUUCAGUACACGAAUUGGGAGAGCGUUGCCGAUGGUUACCAGAAUCAAUAUCAGGUUGGUCAAGCGGUUGGUGAUCACUUUUUCAUAUGUCCAACAAACGAAUACGCUCAAGGAAUGACUGAACGAGGAGCAUCAGUAAAAUAUUACUAUUUCACUCAU